AUGGAAGAGAUGUCUCAACAGGAUAAAGCUGCAGCUUUCGUGGACUGGGUGAAUACCUUUGAUAAGAUCUCUCGUCCUGUCAAUUCUAUACAUGAUCUUAUCGAUGGCGUUGUUUUGAUCGAGAUUUUAUGCAUCAUUGAUCCCAAAUGGUUCAAGAUGGCGAACGACAUCCCUCGUGAAAAUAAUUGGGUUCAAAUAUUUAAUAAACUCAAACGGCUAUACCCUUUUAUCAAAAAAUAUUAUGAGGAUGUUCUCGGGCUAUCUUUUAAUAACGUUGAAAGUCCUAACUUGAAUUCUAUUGCAAAAGACGGAGACAUCAAUGAGACGUUAAAACUUUGUUCGUUAGUCCUUACUUUGGCCGUUCGAUCUUCACAGAACGAAGUUUAUAUUGAGAAAAUUUUAUCUCUUGGUCAAAAAUCACAGAAAGGAUUAAUGGAGUCAAUUGAAAAUGUGAUGAACCGAUUAGGAGAAUCCACUGUCCAGCUUAAUCAACAACCGUUGGAAAUUGCCUCUGAUGAUGAAUUAAGACGACUCGCAAUUGAACAUAGAAAACUUAUUUCUGAGAAAGAAGCUCUCGAAAAAGCGCAUCAAGUUUUAAUAGAUGAGCAUACCAAAUUGCGUGGUCAAUGUGAUGAUUUACAAGCAGAGAUCGAAGAAUUAAGUCAAAAACUCAAGGAUUCGGAAUUGACUGUUUCUCAAUCGACUCAAAGCGGUAAAUCCGACUUCUAUAUGCGAAAUGAAAUUGAUAAUCUUCGUCAUGAAUUGCAAACCAAACGUCAUGAAACGGGAUUAUUAAUCGAAAAGCAAAACGUUGCGAUAAGUGAGCUUACCAAAAAGGUCGAAAUUCUUCAAGAACAAGCUGACGAAGCUUCAAGAUUAAAAGAUCAGUUAGACGAGUACAGACAUGCUGCAGAAAAAUUGAAAAAAACCGAGAACGUAAUUGAAAAAUACAAAAAGAAGUUGGAAGAAGGAGCAGACGUGCGAAGAUCUCUCAAGACACUUGAACAAGAAAACCGUAAUCUUAUCGAAAAAAAUCAGGAAAUAGAAGAAGAAUACAAUAAAAUGUCGGGAUAUAGAAAUUUGAUUGAAAAUUAUAAACAACAAAUCGAUGAUCUUCAAACAGAGAAAACCGAACUUUUAAAUGUAAAGAAUAAAAUUGAAUAUGAAGAUAAUAAAAUGCGAGCAAAACUAGAUCAAUAUGAAAGUUUACAAUCUAGGGAUGCGGAAACUAUACGUUUAUUGGAAGAACGGUUGCUUGAAUUAAAAUUGGGUGAAGGAGGAUUGGGAAGAGGCGAACGUAGAUUAGAGGAAGAUGAAGAAAAGGCUGAUGCUGAUGAAAUUGAUCAAUCCAUUGGUGAUAGUGAACUUUCAGAUGCUUUGAAAGGCACUACGAUGACUAGCCUGAAAUUAAAAGUUAAUGAACUUGAGCGAGAAUUAACCAGAUAUCGUGAAGGCAAAUCAGCGGAUGGAGAUGAUGCCCAAUUACUAGUAUUACAACAUAUGCUUGAAGAUGCUAAUCUUCAACAAGAAAAAUUAGUAUUGGAAAACCAACUUACACAAUUACAAAAUGGCAAUUCUACUACAAAUGGCGUCGAUAAAUAUGAAAGCAAAAAGAAUAUUGACAAAGAACAAGAAUUGUCUGAUACCAAACGAAAACUUAUUGAUGCUCAGAUAAAACUUGAACGAGCAGAAAAAGAAAUGAAUGAAAUGAAAUCAGAUUCAACGAUCGAUGCUAGGAUCAAAGAUUUGGAGGCAGAAAAAGAUGUCUUAAAGAAUCAAAAUGAAGAAUUAACUUCUCUCAUUAAGAGUCUAAGAGGUGGAAACGACGACGUUAUUCAACUUCAUAGGCAACAGGCGGAUAAAAUAAAAAAUCUCAAACAGUUGAUUACAGGUCAACAUGAGAUUAUCGAAAACUACAAAGGUCGUGAGCUUGAAGUACAAGCUGAAAGACAAGCUCAUACUGAAGAAAUCGCCCUUAGUUCCUGGUUUAACUUGGGACGACGCGUACAAGGUGAUAGCGUGUUUUUGCAACGUAAUCAAACACGUUCAUCUUUCCUUCAUCAACAACGACAGAUUUUGGAUACACAGCUUAAGCGGCGGUGA